GGAUACAUGCGUAUAUGUAUGUAUGUGCAACCCUAAAGGAUGUGGUCUGCUCUGAGAUGAGGAAGAAAGUGAGGAGGAAGGAGUGUGCUGAACUCUUUAACGAGCUCCCUGAAAACAAAGUCGCUGUACGGCACUGAAACAGAGAAGAUCGGUGUAAGUUUGGAUUAUUUCUCAUUUUGAGAAGGUGUCAUGAUUCUGUGAAGAUGCACUGAAGAGGAAGACAAGAUGGAAGUGGAGGAGACCGGUGAAACAGGGACUUCCUGGUUUUCUGUGCCAGCAGAGACGCACACUGUCCUCUGUGACCAUGCUGGGAAGAAGAGAAAACAAGACCCGACCCCAGAACCUGUGAUCAGAAUCAUGGAGGAUGAGGAACAAGAGGAGGAGGGUGAAAUGAUGUCUGACCACAUGAAGGAUUCAGAGGAGCCAAGUAAUAAAAGGGUUAAGCCUGUGGUGAAGUCCAACAGCAUGACAGGUGUCAUAACCCCAGUGAAGACCCCUGCUCUGAAACGCAUCGGAAUGAGCAUUUCGAGGUCCAUUAGUUUUCGCACAGAGGCUCGACCUUUGGCCCCGGCUCCCCUGCGGAAUCGGACGAAGGCCUCGUCGUUUCCACGCCGGCGCAACAGCCAGUGCUGGAGCGACACUGUGGAGAGCCACGACCUCACCGCGAAGGAAAUCAAACGACAAGAGGUGAUCUAUGAGCUGACUCAGGGAGAGAGGCAACUUAUAGAAGACCUGCUUUUGGUCAAGAAGGUGUACUACGAGCCUAUGCUCAAGUUGGACAUAUUGACGGAGAGUGAGCUUGGACAGAUCUUCGGUACUCUGGACUCACUUGUUCCGCUCCAUCAAGAUCUUCUGAGUCGUCUCGAGCGACUGAGGGGAUCAGAGAAGACAGUCGGGGAGGUUGGGCCUACUCUGAUGGACUGGUUCCCUUGCCUGGAGGCUUAUAUUACAUAUUGCUGUAACCAGGUGGGGGCCAAAGCCUUGCUGGACCAGAAAAAGCAAGAGAAAAAAGUGGAGGAGUUCCUGCGUCUGUGCCAGGAGUCUUCGUUCAGCAGAAAGCUGGACUUGUGGAACUUCCUGGAUCUUCCUCGAAGCCGUUUAGUUAAAUACCCUCUGUUGCUGAAAGAGAUACAGAAGUGCACUCCUCCUGAGCACCCCGACGAGGAUACGCUGCCUGACGCUUUGGAGGUCAUCCAGAACGUUGUGGCGGAGGUGAACAAGAAGACGGGGGAGGCCGAGUGUCAGUUCUACAGGCGGGGUCUCCACUACCAUGAAGAGAGCCAGAGACUACCAGAGAUCCAGCAGUCGCGCUUCCUCUACUGCCACGGAGAACUCAAGAACAACAAGGGCCAGCGGCUGCAUGUGUUCCUGUUUGAGCUGGCUUUGGUGCUGACCAGACCGGGGGACGGCGUUCAUUUAUUUCAUGUGUACAGACAGCCUCUGAAAAAUGCCUUGAUAAAUCUGGAGGAGAUCCCAGAUGGUGAGGCAGGCGGAGGAGGCACAUUCAGAGGAGCCUUCACCGGGGGAAAUGAUAAAGUGAAGAAUUGUUUCCGUGUGAGCAGCAGAGGGCGCUCCAAAGCUCACCCGUACAGCCUGCAGGCCAACGACUCCUUCAGCAAGCAGCAGUGGAUCACCUGCCUGCGGCAGGCCAUCGUCCAGUCUCGGGACAGGACCUCUCAGACUCUGUCGCACCACCUCGAUCCCGACCUGCAUCACAUAGCCGAUCUCAGCAUCACCUCGGACACAGAAAUGGCAGACCACACCAGCCGCUGACUGUCACACUGAUUCCCAGGCGUCCUGUGGAGGCUCUAUAGAUAUGUACAUUGACAUUGAGGAGAACAAAUGGGACUGUUUGCAAAAGAUGAUAGUGCUUCGACACACACGUUGAGUUUCCUGCAUGGUUUAUUUUUUCUUUUCAUGCUUUUUUGUUUUGGAUUGUGGUAAUGCUGUGAUGCUGGCGUACUGUACAGCUGUACAGAGUGGAACAGUAUUAUUGAAUGUGAAUUUACCAUUGAAAAUAUUGCUGUUGUUGUACUUUAAUAAACUGACACUUAAAAUAC